GCUGCGGUGCAGCCAUGGCUGAGUUGGCGGCCGACGUGCGCGCCCUCCUGCGCGAGCAUCCGAGCCUGCGGCUUCAGCCGGACACCGGCAAGGUGAGAUGCGAGCUGACGGGCCACGAGCUGCCCUGCCGCCUGCCGGAGCUCCAGGUCUACACCCGCGGCAAGAAGUACCAGCGGCUGGCUGGGACCAACCCCGCUUUCGACUAUGCCCAGUUCGAGCCUCACAUUGUGCCUAGCACCAAGAACCCGCACCAACUCUUCUGCAAGCUCACCCUGCGUCACAUCAAUAAGUCCCCGGCCCACGUGCUGCGACACAGCCAGGGCCGCCGCUACCAGCGCGCCCUGAAAAAGUACACUGAAUGCCAGGUGAAGGGCGUGGAGUAUGUGCCUGCCUGCAUUCUGCAGCGUCGGCGGAAGGCAGGCCCCAUGGAUACUAACGGGCCACCCCAGCCCAAGGCCGCCUUCUGGGAACCAGUGUCCAGUGACGAUGAUGGUACUGCCCAGAGCGACAGUGGUGACAGCAUGACGGACCUCUACCCACCCAAACUGUUCACCCCAAAAGCUGGCACCGAGGAUCUUGCUUCAGAGGGGGACACCAGGCUGGGAACAUGCAGGGAGCUGGCACACAAACACAGGAAGCAGCAGCAGCAGCGGAGGAGGCGGCCGCGACAGCAGGGUUUGACAAGGACGCUCCAGGGUCAACAGGGCAAACCCAAGAACUUCGAUACCUUAAAGCCAAUCAGAGAACCUUGCUGAAAUCUGUGCAUGGCUCGUGCUCUGGCUGAGCUCCAACUGGGGGUGCCUGGUAGGCCCAGCCCAUGGCAGACAAAGCCAAGAGUCACAAUCGCCACCAAGCAGGAAGGUGCGUCAGGACCUGCUCCCUUCAUAAAGAACUUUCCAGGAAUUGUUUUGCUCAAAAUCUGUCAGUCGGGGAGAGAAGCCAGCACUGUGGGUAACUGGGGACCUCUUCACUUGGGCUAAGCUCCACCCCCUGCAGGGCAUAGAAUUAGGAGUGUCGCCCCUUAUUGGGAGAUGAUUGCAGAUGUGGGAGGAAAGACCCUAUGGAACACCCAGCCAGCCAGGCGGGGGGCAAAGGGAACUUCCCCUCCCCAGGAGCACGCCAGGAAGAACAGAGGGGCCCUGCACCCCCAAGAAGAGAGACACAGUGUAAGGCAAUGUUAGAAAACUUUAAAUACAGGAUUCAGAUCCGAUCGCUAAGGCAUCACAAAUCGUACAAAGUAAUGUGGGCUGCAUUCAGCGGAACAGACGGGGUCUGAGCAAGCAGCAGCCAGGGGGUGGCACCCCAAAAGGCCAGGUGUGAGGUAACUAGUCUGAACCUCUCGCCAAUCAAUGCCCUGCACCCCAGGGUCUGCUGCACGGGAGCCACCGAUAAGCUUCCAGGCCAGUGGGCUGAGAGCAAGACUACGGCACCCCCAGGGGUUAACCCGUGAGGCAGUGGGCACCGAGCUGGGUUCUGAUAUAUGGCACCUUGAGCCACCCUGACUU